GCGGCAGGUGGAGGCGGGCCAGCCCGGGCCGGGAGCGCAGGAAGCCGCCGCUGCCGGGUUGGGGAAGGGGCCGGGCCGGCCUCCAGCAGCAGCAGCAGCAGCAGCCCGCCGCCCCCUCGCGCAGGAUCCCGGGAGCCAGGCCUCGGCCGCGCUACCAUGGCGGCGGCGCUGCUGCUGCAGGACGAGGCGGAGGAAGCGGCGGGCGGCGGCGACCUGGAGGUGAACCCUUUCGACGGGCUGCCCUUCUCCUCCCGCUACUACGAGCUGCUGAGCCGCCGCCGCCGCCUCCCCAUCUGGGCCGCCCGUUUCGCCUUCCUGGAGCAACUGGAGAGCAGCGCCGGCCUCGUCCUGGUCUCGGGCGAGCCGGGCACCGGCAAGAGCACCCAGGUGCCCCAGUGGUGCGCAGAGCAAGCCCUCUCGGUGCAGUUCGCCCACGGCCGAGUGGUCUGCACCCAGCCUCAUAGUUUGGCAGCCCUCAGCCUGGCCUUGCGCGUGGCAGACGAGAUGGACCUCAAUGUGGGCCACGAGGUGGGCUAUUGCGUGCCCCACGAGGACUGCUGCGUCUCGGAGACCCUGCUCAGGUUCUGCUUGGACGAAGUCCUGUUGCAAGAGAUGACCUCAGACCCCCUUCUGCGGCAGUACGGGGUGGUGGUGCUGGACGAAGCUCAGGAGCGCACGGUGGCCACGGAGCUGCUCCUGGGGCUGCUCAAGGACGUGCAGCACCAGCGCCCAGAUCUCCGCUUGGUGGUGGUGACCGAGCCUCUCCUGGAAGAGCAGCUGUGCCAGUUCUACCAGGAUGCCCCCGUGGUGAGGGUCCCGGGCCUUGGCCCCGCGCCACGCUUGACCUACAGAGACCCCCUCCCAGGGGGCCACGUGCCUGCUGCCUGCCAAGCCGUGCUGGAGCUUCAUCGACAAAAGGAGCCUGGCGACGUGAUGGUCUUCAUGGCCAGUGAGCAGGAGAUCAAGGAGGUGUGCGAGGCCCUCCGAGCAGAGGCUGCGGUCCUAGAGGCUGGCCUGGGACCCCUGCUGGUGCUGCCUCUGCAUGCGGCUGUGGGCAGGGACAGCCAGAAGUUGUAUGAGGACAGCCUGGGGGAGCGGGCACGCCGAGUCAUUGUCACGCACUGGCUGGCAGACGCAGCCUUCUCGGUGGGCAGCGUAAGGCACGUCAUCGAUACGGGGACGGAGCUACGCAACGUGUACAACCCCCGGAUCCGGGCUGCGUCACAGGAGUUGCGCCCCAUCAGCCGGAGGCAGGCAGAGGCCCGACGGCUCAGGGCUGCUGGCGCUCCUCCAGGGACCUGUUUGCGCCUCUAUUCAGAGGCCUGCUACGAGCAGAGGCUGCCGGCCGUCUCCCCCACUCACCUCAUGGAGGCCGACCUUCGCCGCCCCAUCCUGCUGCUCAAGAGGCUGGACAUUGCGGACGUGGGCCAGUGUGACUUUCUCGACAGGCCAGCCCCCGAGUCUUUGAUGCAGGCCCUGGAGGACCUGGACUAUCUGGCUGCCCUGGAUGAUGACGGGAACCUCUCUGAGGUGGGCAUCAUUAUGUCGGAGUUCCCUUUGGAUCCUCAGCUGGCCAAGGCCCUCCUGGCCUCCUGCGAGUUUGACUGCGUGGAGGAGAUGCUGACUCUGGCCGCCAUGCUGACUGCCUGGCCUUGUUUCCAGACUCCGGUGACACGCUGGGAGGACGCGGUGGUGGCGCGGCAGCAGGCUCUGCUCCACCCAGCCGGGGAUCACUUCACGCUCAUCAAUGUCUUCAAUGCGUUCCACCAGCAGAGCGACCCAGAAAGCUGGUGUCGAAAACACGCGGUCAGUGAGGCCGCCCUGCAGCUGGCCGGAGCGGUUCGGACAGAGCUCUUGGAUGUGAUGCAGCGGAUCGAGCUGCCGGUCUCCCCACCAGCCUUUGGCAGCGACAGCAACGUCCUGCAGUUGAAGCGAGCCCUCCUCACUGGCUUCUUCCUCAAGGUCGCCCGGGACAUCGACGGCUCAGGCAACUACCUGUUGCUGACCCACAAGCACUUGGCCCAGCUGCCCCCCAGCUGCUGCUAUCGCCUGCGCCGCCCAGCCCCACGGCCUCCCUCUUGGGUGCUCUACCACGAGUUCACUGUCUCCCAGGACAACUGCCUGAGGAUCGUCUCUGAGAUCCCGCCAGAAUUUGUGGCUGAACUGGCUCCCCAAUACUUCCUGAGCAAUUUGCCCCCCAGCGAGAGCCGGGACUUGCUGAUGGAGCUGCGGGGGAAGCUGGCGGAGGACACCCCCCUCCCGGGUCAAGGGGAGAACCCCCAGACCUCCAAAGCGGCUGAGGAUGCGGGAGACCCCUGUGUGCUGCAGUGACCCUGGCGGAAGAAAGGAAGAUGGCCGAGUUCGUGGCCGCUGCAGGCGCCCGGAGGCUUUGGGAACUGCUGGGGGCUGCCCAGGUCUCCCCCAGGGCAUGGCUGAGGGCAUCUGCCUGCCUGCCAGGCUCCUGGGUAGAAGAGAGGGCAGAGCGGGACAGGGGAGCCCCAAACGGGCUCUUUUCAGGACCGCAUUUUAGCUGGGGAGGGAAGUAGGGGCUGCUUCCAUGUGGGCAGGAGACAGCUGGCUGUGGAUCUGCUGCCUGGCCAUGCCAGCAGUCUCUUCUGGGGCCUCAUGGCCUUUUGGGGGGCGGGGCACUCAAGAGAGAAAGGCAUAAGACAGGUGGGCUGUCUUUGUUCACCUUGGCGAUCUGCUCUUCAGUUGGGUGCCUUGGCAAGCAGUGGGGUACCCCACUAGUCUGCUUUGGGGGGGCGGGUGCUGUAGAUCCUGGAGACCCCCUAGAUCCCUACCCACCCCAAAUUCUCCAAAGGGAUCCUUUCCCUUUUGAGCAGUUUGUAGAAGCAGGGGGGGCAGGGGGCUUAUACUUCCUCCUCCCUUGGUUUUAGCUUCAGCGGGGGUCCCUGCUGACUAUCCAGAAUGUUUUUAUGAACAGCAGGUGGGGGGAGCCUGGGGUACGGCUCUUGUCUUUUCUGUAUGUGCCUCAAAGGUGUUCCAUGUACCCCCCCGCCCGACUCAGGGUCAGUGGGUAUAUGGAGAGUGUAGGGCAAAGGCCAGCAGGCUCUGUGGGGCCUGGCCUCCGCUGCCCUGCUGCUCUGGACAAUCCUGCUUGUAGGAAUUAAAUUCUUUUAAAA